AUGGAGAAUGCAGUUCAGUAUCAAAUCGUACUCGGAGGCUUUAUGGCUGGGACCUGUCUCUACUGGGUUCUCUGGCCAGCAAUCGAGUGUCUCAUCGAACGCAUCCUGCCAGAAUGGUAUCAAGAAAACAAGGAGGGGCGCCAUCGAUUCACAAUUCUGUUCCCAGUCAUCAUGAUGACCCUUCGGGGUCUGAUUGGUGGCCUGGUUAUCAUGCCGUCGUGCAUUAUAGCGGCUCGAGAAACGCCCUGGGAAACUGGCCAGCUCAUGACAACCGCCGGUAACAUCUGUGUCAUCUCUCAAGUCAUCCCCUGGACCACCGAGUUGCUCCCUCAGUACGAGAUCUCAACGGAAAUGUUUCUCCACCACCUCAUCUGCACGGCCGUCUACUUUAACAUCAUCAUGGCGCCCAGCAUUCACAUGGUGACUCCCCUAUACCUCCACACAGCCACUCAGUUCGGCGACGUCUUUACAUCCUUUCACAAAGUCAUGAGGUGUCUGGGAUACCGGCCAAGCACCAGUAGGAUCCUCUAUGCCAAUAAGCUUCUGCAAAUUGUUCUGCUAGUCUGUUUCAAAGUCUCCUUUACUUUGUAUCUCAUGGGCAGAAUCAUCCAGACACCAGAUCGGAUGUGGGACUUGAUCCGGGUUACUUGCCUAUUCUUCUUUGCCGCUUAUACUCUCAAGGCCGUGAUUGUGAGCUUUGUCUUCACAAGAAUCGUCGAUCAGCCCACUGAGGGCCCAAUUGGGCUCUUGUUCCAAGGCACAGGCGUGUUUAUUUCUCGCUACAACUUUGGCCUGGCAGCAUCCGCAGCAGCUGCUAUCAUCUUUAAAGUAUUGUUCUAUGCAAUCUCUCUUGAGCAUCCUAUGGGAGCGGGUGAACAUGUCCGGGCUUGGACCGAGAGCAUUGUGUCUGUCUCAGCAUUGUGCCUGCUUAUCAAGUUCGGAAUGAUGGCAUGGAGAUUCCUCUUGAAUGGAAAUCAAGUCCUGGCCGAGGGUUGGUAUCAAUCUAUCAAGAGGGGUGAAAUGUACCUCCGCUUCGGCUCCAUCCUCGUGGCUUUCAUGAUUCACGGCCCCUAUGCCGGAGAUUUGAUCGCGAAGCAUGCAGGGCUUUCCAGUCAGGCCCUAUCCACCGCCACUGGCUUUGCAUUCUUGGUUGGGGAUCUCUUUCUCCGUACUGUUCUAUGGAUAUCUGUCGGUGAAGAGAUCAGAGCCCCAGAGGAAGACAUGUCAAAAGACGUGAAGGCAGAGAAAGCUCUUCCACAGACAAACCCAAGAGCUGUAUCCGAUCAUGCUGUGGCAGCACGACAAUUGCGUAUGAUCUGGGCAGAUGUUGUCAUCAUUCUCGCCUCCAUUUUCCUACCCAAUGGCUUCACCAAGUUCACAAAGAUGGAAACAAGUUACGCCAUGUUCUUUACCCACGCCCUAGUCCAGGUUCUUGACGAGUCCACGUCUCUGUUUAAUAAAGGGGGCAGUGUGCCUGCAGUCAACAGUGGUUCUCGUCGUUUCUCUUCCCUCAAGUUCGUCUUGGCUGUUGGCCAAAACCUUCUCGCCUUUUCUGCUGUUUGUGGACAAGUAUGCACCGAGUGGAAAUGUAGCGACAGAGAACAGGAAAUCCUCUGGACAGCUCUCGCCGUCGGCCUGUUCUCGCAUCUAUCCAGCCGCAUGCUCAUUCCCAUCAAGAAGCAUGCAAAGGUCAAGAAGUCCUCGGCCAAGUCUACAACCGGUGCUGCCCCUCCUCCUGUUACAACAAGGAAUCGAGUGCUUCGGAUGCUCAAAGCUUUCUUCCUCUCUCCAGAAGUCUACACUGGACUCGGUGCUUUGCUCCUACAGUGGCUUGCUUUCAGAGAAUGGAUGAAGUUCAACGGGGAGCAAGUUCAGUCGACCGUGGGCUUCGGAAACGUCAAAACGGUCCUCGCGAGCCCCUACGGAGUGGUUGGGAACGUUAUUACACUGACUCUUACCAUCCUGGGCACUAUUCUUCCCUGUGAGUAG